CUGUGGUCAGCCAAGAUGGCGGCUUAUUUUUGCUUUCCGGCUCCUGUCACCUUAUAUGUCAUUUUCUUCUUUCAAACAACCUUGAACACAACCUUAUUCUCAACUGAAAGCGAAGGCAGUUCAUCUACUAUAUUAAUGACAAGCAACGAGCCACUUCAGGUUGAAUUUAACCUGCUAAUUCAUUAUCGUCGUAGUGGACAACUCGAGUCACAUGGCAUGAAGUAUCUUUCAGGGCGGAUCAAGCGGUGUCCAAAUUCAACUUCUACAUUUCAGCUAACUCGAAUUGCUGUAAGUGGGGAUGUCUCUCCAAACCCUGGGCCCUCAGAGAAGUGCAGCGUGUGUUUAAGAACAAUUGCACGUAAUCACCGAGCUGUGCUUUGCGACUGUUGUAAGGGUCAGAGCCACAUCAAGUGUGUAAAUGUGAAACCCAGUGAAUACAAACGGAUCAAGCAAAUGUUAAAUGAUACGUGGAUAUGUCCUGGCUGUGCAGCUAUAUCUACACAAAAUGAACAGCCGUUUCAGGGUAUUGGUGAUGCUUCUUUUGAAGAGUUAUUCAAUAUGAAUGUGCAUGGAGACCCAGCAGUCCAGGAUGAGGAUGAAGCAAGAUAUGCUAAUGAUCUACCUGAACCUUGGAUAACACAAGAAAGAAAAAGGAACAGCACUGAUCUCAUGCUCAUUCAUCUGAACAUUAACAGCUGCCAAAACAAACUGGAUGAGCUGUUGUUGCUCAAUAAGGAGUUAAGGUCACAUGUGAUCUUUCUGACAGAGACCAAGAUUGACUCCUCUUACACCAAUGCUCAGCUGGCUCUUGAAGGAUAUCACAUUUACAGAAAGGACAGAAAGAAAGGCGGCGGUGGUCUGAUGGCAUAUUUCUCAUCAAAGAUGGCAUCUCGUAAAGUGAAACUUCCUAAGCAGUAUAAAUUGCUUGAAGUUCUGGCCAUUAAUGCAAUAAUAAACAACAAUAAUGUGUUGUUUGUAGGCAUUUAUCGCUCUCCAAAUCCAGCAGGAACUGAUUACUACCGCAAAUUGGAAGAGGAAUUGCAUGCAGUGUGUAUGUGGGCUUCGAUGGAAUGUAAUACGCUUGUACUCACUGGAGACCUGAAUCUUGAUAGAUUAAGACCAGAACGUAGAGAAGGGCAAAUACUGAUCAAUCUAGAGGAAGUAUUUGGUUUAGAGUGCCUAAUUAAGGAUCCAACCAGAGUUACACCUACAUCUGAUACACUAUUGGAUGUGAUCCUUACAAACAAGCCAGAGUUAUUCAGAGCCAGUGGAGUACUAAAUCCAGAAAUGAGUGAUCAUCACUUAGUGUAUGGGAUUAUGAAAGAAAGGGUAUCUCAGCACGAACGGAAAGUAGUCACAUUUAGAAGUACAAAAUCACUGGAUGUUGAAAAAUUUAAUGAAGAUCUAUCCUCUGCUCCCUGGCAUGUCAUGGAGACCUUUGACACUAUGGAUGAUAAGUACCAUUACUGGGAGACACUUUUCAACACAAUAGUAGAAAAACACAUGCCUACCAAGAAAAUGAGAUUUCGAAAAGCUGAUGUACCCUAUAUGACACCAGAAUGGAAACAAGCAAUCAAAAUGAAAAGGAAAUUUGCUAAGCAGUAUGCUCACAGCAAAACUGAGGAAAAUUGGGAACUGAAGAGAAAAUGGAGAAAUAAAGCUACCAAUUGUAGAAGGAAAGCCAUUAAAGAGUAUUGGCAACAAAAGGCAGAUGAUCUUAAAGCUAAGCCAAGUGAGUUCUAUAAAACAUUUAGACCUUUUCUUAGUGAUAAGAAACAGCUGGUAUGUGAGAUCAACAUCAGAACAGAUGGAAAAAUUGAGAAAGAUCAGGAAAAGGUAGCAAACGUUCUGGUAGACUAUUUUUCCACCAUGGCUAAUGAGAUUGGUGGAGCAAAUGUCAACAGUCUGACGGAAGAGGAUUUGUCCAGUCAUCCAAGUCUUAAGAAUAUCUAUGAUGCAAAUAAGAGCAACAACUCAAAUUUCUGUUUUCAACAGCUCAGCACAAAUUCAGUUCAGUCAUUUCUCGAGAAGCUAAAUGUCAGAAAGGCCUCUGGCUAUGACUCCAUUACUCCCAGAUUGUUAAAACUAGCAUCAAGAGGUAUAGCAGACUCCCUAACGGGUCUCUAUAAUGAGUGUAUCAGGAAAGGAGAAUGGCCAGAAGCAUGGAAGAAAGGGGAAUGGAACCCUGUUUACAAAAAGGAUGACCGUCUUGAGAGAAAAAACUACCGUCCAAUAACAUUACUAUGCAUAGUGGAUAAGGUAUAUGAGUCAAUGAUGAGUACACAAGUAAAUAAUCAUUUUGAUCCCAAGCUUGAUCCUUGCUUGUCGGCAUAUAGGAAGAAGCAUAGCUGUGAAACCACUCUGCUAAAACUCACAGAAGACUGGAAGCUAGCUGUAGAUUCCAAACAGUUUAUUGGAAUACUCUCAACAGAUAUGAGUAAAGCAUUUGACUCCUUACACCCAGCACUCAUGGUAAAUAAGCUCAAGGCAUAUGGCUUUUCUGAGCAGUCAUUACACUUGAUGAGAUCAUACUUCACCAACCGUCAAAACAGGGUCAAACUUAAUGGAGUCACCAGUGUCUGGAAGGAUGCAGUAAGGGGAUGUCCUCAAGGGUCGUCAUUUGGACCAUUAUUAUGGAAUAUCUUCCAAAAUGACAUGACAUUUGAAGUUAAAACAGCUAGCUUGUCAAUGUAUGCUGAUGACCAUCAGCUCUAUGUAAAAGGGGGAACAGCUGAGUGCGUGGAACAAAUUUUGAACUUCUACUUCUACUUCUACUUUAUUACUUUUCAACACUUUCGUAUCAAGAAAAGAUGACAAAAUAUAUAUAAAUCUAAAUAUAUAAAUCUAAAUAUAAAUUAAUAAUAAAUAGGUAAUCCAUAAAUUCAGUCGACUUACUAUAUACAAUAAAAAUUAAAAUAAAUUAUAAAAUAAGAUAAUACUUAAACAAUAAAAAUAGCAUGAUAAUAAAAAUUAGGCGAUGAACUUGUUUACGUUAUUACAAAAAGAUGAAUAACUAUUUUCUUCUCUAAGUUCAAUUGAUAAAUUGUUCCAAUCUUUGAUUGUUCUGGGAAAGAAACUAUAUAAAUAAUAAUCGUGACGUGCCUUAGGCUGUAUAAAUGUAUUACUUGAAUAACUUCGAGUAUGACGCAUUGAACGUUGAUAAUAAUUAGGUAUCGGCAAUGCAAUGCCAUUAUUUACUGAUAAAUAAAACAUUUUUACACGGUGAGCCUUUCUCCUCUCACUCAGCAGAUCCAAAGAAAGGGAUUGUCUCAUUAUUGUAACACUAGAGUUCCAGUCGUAAUCCCGCUUUAUGAAUCUCACCGCACGUCGCUGGACUGCUUCAAUCUUGUCCACUUGAUCCUGUCUAUAAGGGUCCCAUACAGCAGCUGCAUAUUCUAGAUGUGACCUUACAAGUGUAACAUAGGCUACACGCUUGGUGUCCUCAGAACAUGAAUACAAGUUCCUUUUUAUGAAUCCAAGUGUUGAGUUAGCCUUGUUUACGAUCUUGUUUACUUGAAAAUUCCACCGUAAAUCAUCAGACAGCAAAACGCCCAGGUAGGGAUGCUGUUUAACACCUGAGAGUUUCUGAUUAUAUAAAGUAUAAUCUUUCAGUACUGGUGAUUUAUUUCUGUAGACUGACAUUUUGUAACAUUUGGUAGGGUUAAAAACCAUUUGCCAUCUUUCGGCCCAUAGCCCCACUCUGUCCAAGUCCCUCUGCAAGACUAGGUUAUCAUCGUCAUGUGUAAUUUGGUGGUACAGCAGGGCAUCAUCAGCAAAUAGCCUUAAAGUGCAUUCCAAGUUCUCCUGCAUGUCAUUAAUAAACAGGAGGAACAUCAAUGGACCAAGAACGAAGAAGGACAUAAGAUAUCACAAUGGUAUAAAGAUAAUUUCCUCAAAGGGAACUAUGAUAAAUAUAGCUUGAUGUUGCUAGGCA